GAUUCUCUAUACGGCUCUUUGCUAAUACUUCCAUUCCGCAUCGAGCUGGAUUUUUGGAGAUCUACAAUGCUACAACUGGAGAAGUAGUUCCGUCGUGUGACCGACAGUUUUCAGUAAGGAAUGCACAGGUUGUUUGCCGAGAACUAGGACUCCAAACGAUGAAUGCCUAUCACUGGCUAACCCCGAGAUGGGAUUAUAACCCCCGAAUCCGCCUAGUAAAAACCUAUGUGGAGCCAAGAGAAUGCAGAGGAGAUGAAGAAACUCUAGACAGGUGCAACCUUCGACUGACGGGCAACGACUCACAAUGGCAAUGCCUGGACAAUGAGCACUACAACUACAUUUACUGUGGAAAGAACACAACCUUGGAUCCAAUUUACAUCGGAGGUUGGGGUGGUAUCAGCUUCGGUCGCGCAUCUCUGGAACUCGAUCAGCUUCCUGGAAAAGAUGGCUCCGUGCUUCGAAAUGUCGAGAUCGUGGGUGGCGGAUCUGGACAUAACGACAGCUUCCAAUCGGCUGGAUUACAGAUGUUUUAUCGAUCACCGAUAAUUGAUCAUGUCAAUGUAACAAACAGCAGUAUGCACGCUAUACAGGUGAUCUCGCCACGAGAACGAGUCAUUUUGAAUAUGGUGAAUGUGACGAACAAUGGCGGAAUUGGUGUAAGCAUCACAACUGCCAGUCUUCAAUCAGGAAACGCUAACGCAGAUAUCCCACUUCAACCUCUGACAAUCCCUUACUACUCGCUUGGAAUGGUUGAUAUGUGUGCAGCGAAUAAGUUGCUGCAAAUCAGCAACCGCGUUCUGGUGUAUUAUAAGUACGAUACAAUACCAGUCGACUGCGUCAAGAUUUUCUCUUCACCGGGUCGAAAAGUUGCCUUUCGUUUCCUGCAGGUGAAUCUCUACUCAUCACCAGCGGAUCUAGGCAGAUCCGACGCUUUGAGAGUUUACGCGUCGAUAAAGUUCAUGCCGGUGACAUUGCUGGCGGAAUACCGGUUGGAUCGAGAAUCCACCCCAUUCUCAAAAGCGGUUACCGCUGAUGUCCUUGCUCUACACUUUCGUGGCACUGCUGCCGAUGGUCAGUACGGAUUUAUUGCCGAGAUCUCAAGCAUACCUAGCAGCCCCGACUCAAGUGCUGUAGACCAGAUUGUUGUUCGAGGGUCGCGUAUAGAAAACAAUGAUCAAGGUGCCAUAGUCUAUCACAACUCCGGUGAGAUGAGUCCUGCAGUUGUCAUUGAAGAGUGCUCGCUUAGCCGAAAUAAUAUACAUCUGUUUGGAAACAUAUCGACAUCUCAUCAUGCGGUUGAACUCCAUCUGCACAAUACUAUGUUCCUGCUCUUUCGUGGCAACUCGCUGACACAUAAUAUCGGCGGACUCCUAGUAUCGGCCACAUCGUCUUCAUCUGUCGCUCGUUUGAAUGCUGUCAUUAAGAACAAUCUGUUCACCUGGAACAAUAAUGGCACUACUUUGACCCUAUAUGGCAAUAAUUAUCAGAUGGUGACAAUGCUUAAUAACAUCAUAUCACAUAACUAUGCCCUCUACCAUGAUACCAUGAAGAUCGAAGAUAUGUCCGUGAACUUAACAAAAAACUUGUUUUAUGGCAACACUGGUUGGCAUACUGUGGACUCGCAUGGAUACUCGCGCAUAACAUCCGAGACACAAACAUUCCUGUACAAUAACUUCGAGGAAAAUGUUGCACUUGGUCAUGGUCAACCCUACAUGGAAGACUACGGCUAUCAACCAGAGAAGGAUCACGACGAGUUUUUACGGAGGCCCAGAAGACAGAUCAUCAACCAAGAAGGAAUAUCCUUUGAUUGGUGGACCCAUGUUGGCAGCGAAACAGAGAGAUACAGGAGUACAAUACUUGCUGGAAGCUCACAGCAAAGUUAUCGCGGUAAUGUGUUCAACAACAGAAGGAAUCCAUAUGAGUUGACUACUACCAAACGAACACAGUACGAUAUCGGUUCUAUUGAUGCUCGCCUGAAUUAUUGGGGUUACCCAGGAGUGGAAAGCGUUGCAGCUGGGAAGAUCAGGGACUUUUCGGAUUAUCCUUACCUCAUAAAGGUUGAUUACCAACCAAUCCUGGAGUCAAACUCGUCCCUGUUGGAGGGAGACUGCCCAGCAGGCUGGUUCCAAGCUGGCCUUGAAGAGUUCAAGUCCUGUUUCCUCUUUGUGGGAGGUGUUGCCACCUAUGCUGAUGCUACCUUGUACUGUGAAGCGAUGGGUGCAUUCGUUCCAUAUCUUCGGACAGAUGAUGUUCGGCAGAGGCAGAUUGCUCAGAGGAUCGACCAGUUCAUGCAGCAAUACUUGACAGAUCCGGAGCGAUUUGACUCAUUUGCGCUGCGAUCUGACACUGUCAUAUGGAUAUCUUCCGUCACAAUUCCAUCUACUCAAUGUGGCUGGCUCAGUACCAGAACGGGUAAAAUUGGCUCACAAAACUGCAACAAUUUGAUGCCAUUCGUAUGUGAGAAAGGAACUCAACCAUAUAUCGAACCAGUCCUCUGGCGUGCUGGCAUCAUCAUUGCAGUUGUGAUAAUUGGAAUCUUAUUAGCUAUAUUGUUCCUUUUGGCCCUAUGCUGGUGUAUAAAGUCUCGCAGAAGAAACGAGGAUAUAAUAGAGAGGAAGAACAUAAUUCGAGCUAGCAUCAAGUUGCAAAGGAAAGCCUCAGCUCGGCAAGCGAAAUCACUUCCUUCACAUCAGUCAGCUAAGGCUAGUCUAUCAUCAACAACGAUAAACGCAUAUGGGGAUCCAUUUGUGGCGCACAGAAAUAUGAUGCGUGGACGUGUGACCAGCUCACGUUCACCCACUGAAACAGUUCGGACGGAGUGUUCUGACUCAUUAUCGACAGAUCGUACGGCAUAUGAGCGGACUUUGAUGACAGAUACUUCCAAAAUGUCGACGUCGUAUUCUACAAACACCACGCAGUCUCGAACAAAGCUCUACAGUGACUUGUCAUCUGAAGGGUACUAUAGUGGAAGAAUGUCAAUGAGGCACAAAGUGUCAUCAAAUCCAAAUCCAUACGAGGAGAUUCCUGCAAUGAACACUUUUCAAACGCCCAUUAAGCCACGUGAGGAUGUACGAAUACGAGAUCCACGUUCUGACACCACUUACUCAUCUACGAUGACAGGCACAUGCUCUACCUGUCCGACUGAGUCAGAACGAGACUCCACACUCACGGAAGGCUCUUGGAGUGAACACUCGUCCAAUGUCUCCGAUAAUACGGUCCAGAAUCGGCGACUGCUGCCACCUCGUCCGGAACCACCACCUCGGUACCAGUCUUCACCACGCCUGGCUCCUAGCCGGUCAAAUCCCAAUUUGCAAAGCUACCAGACAAGUGCCCCAGCUGUACCGGCUGCAUCGAUGGCUUACCGCGGAACCCUGGGUGCCGGUAAUCAGCGUUCACUUGUAGAUCUCUAUAAUCCCUUAACUGAAUCUCCGAGAGGAGCGAGAAAACCCGUGAUUGAAACAGCUAUGUGA